AUGCAAAAGGAAAAAGAUAAAAAUGAAGGUUAGUUGUUAUCAUUUCUAAAUAAAUUUUUUCGCCUUAUUUUUUGUAAACACAUUUGUUGUGAGUCGUUAGUGAAAUAAAAAAAAUCAAAUCGGGGCGUGGCCUAAGUUGCAACCGCCGCACACUUUUUUGUAACAUAAAUAUUAGGGCUAAUUCUCAUUGGAGCGAUUUAUCCUUUUCAAAACAUAUUUCGAAUUUGAUCUCACUUUCAAAAAUUUUCCAAGUUCAGAGGGCGUGGCUUAAUUCAAACUUUUAAAUAAAACUACUUUCUCGGCAAGUUCUCAUUAGAGCAAAUUCGCCACCUUCUAAUUUAUUUUCUUUCUCUAGAUAUGUUUUGUUUCAAAAAGUCAAUCACGAAAACAAACUAAUAAUUAUUAUUUUAUCCACCCGCAAUUUAGUUCAUUCUCUGCGUCUCUCUUAAAUCCAUACUCUCUCAUUGUCCAAGGUCUCGUUUUUACUCGCCAGAAAUUACCAUGAUCAGUUCUCAGGAAGAGAGAAAAAAAGAAGAAAAGUCAAAUUUGUUUACUGAAUUAUUUUCUUUCCUAUUUUUAUUUAUCUGUAUUUAUUAUCAGCCAGAUUUCAGAAUAUUCUAGAUGAAAAUAUCGAUUUUUAAUUAAUGGUUUUUGUGUCCCAAGAAAUUUAAUAAUAGUAAAAUUGAAAAAAAACAGAGGACAUAUUUAGGUCAAGACAUUUUCCCCUUCAAUCCAUCCUUUUUAGUGGUUUUUUUUGGCUGGCGAAUCGCCAGCAAAAAACUCUCAUGCUGUUUUCGAUUUGUAUUUGUUUAAUAGGAUCAAAAAUGAUCAAUUUAGUAUGAAUAUUUCUAUUUUGAUCUUUAAAAUUAUAUUUUUUCUAGUUCAGAAAAAAGUUAUGCCGUGUAAAACUGGUCUAGAUUUUCAAUAAUAUUUUUCACAAUUUAGAAAUUUAAUCAAUCUUUGAUUAAAAAAUGUUUUAUUCUGAUUCCGUUAAAAUUCAAACUCCAAGAUCGGGAAAUUUUUGUCAAUUUGGUUUGAAAAAUGUUCAAAUUGAAAUUAUUCAAAAAUCCCUACUCUAGGAAAUUAAAGUUUUCAGUAAAAAAAAUUAAAUUUUGAAAUAAAAAAAUUUUUCACUAUUUUACAGUGUGUGUUUUAUGAAAAUAACUCUGAAUUUUUUCAAAUAAAAAAAGUCAGAACUUUUGGGAAGUCAAUUUGAUUGGGAACGUUGAAACCAGCAUUUUCCCGAAAUUGAACAAUUUCUUGAGUUCAAUGUAUCCAAAAAUUAAAUAAAAAUCUUAUGGGAUCUUCAAUUUUGUACUAAAAAAAAUGUGAAAGAAAUUUAAAAAGUUCCAAAUUUUUGCGCAAAUUUGAAUUUCUAAUUUUUCGUUAAUUUUUUUUUUCGGAGAUUGAGAAACCCAUAUUCAUUACAAAUCUCUUUUAAUUAUCCCUAAAAUACUAUAUUCUUCUUCUUCAUUUUCCUUAUAUUUUCCCCCGUCCAUCAGGUAAAAUGUAAUCAAGAAUUAAUCAAUCAGUCGUCUUCUUAUUCUUUUCUUCUCUAAUGGAGAAUCAAAAAAUAAAGGCAAAAAAAAAAGAAAACAGUUUGGGCGUAUCUUCUUCUUCUUCUUCUCUUUAUUUUUCUUGAUUUUGUUGUCUUUUUUUGGAGACACGCCCUUAUUGUAUUUGGACGUGUCGCAAAACAACACAAAAAUUACGAAACGAAAAAAGUUGGGCGAAAAUGAUGAUGAUUAGGUUGAGGGGGAAGAAGAUGAGAGAAUGGUAUCAGGCCAAUCAUCAAUUUCUAUCUUUUCAAAUAUGUUUUCUUCUUUUUUUGUCUGGUUAUUGUUUAUUGCGGUUUUUCUGAAAUUUUUUCUUGGAGGAACUUAUGAGAUCUUUAAAGUUAUAAAUACGUAGAGCGGAAAUUUCACUCAAAAUAAUGUGUUCUAAUAUUUUUUGAAUCUAUUAAUUCAGCCCAGUUGAAUUCUAAACAUGAGUAUUGUCGUGGCAAAGUUAAACUUGUUUUCUUCUUUUUUUAGAAACUAGAUUUUGAUGAGUGAGCCUAACUUUUGCGCUUUUUCAUAAUUUUCAUAUAUUUUUCAAAUUUUACAGAAUUUUUUAUCGAUUUUUUCAAUUUUUCCGAAAUCCCUCCCCAGAAAACUCACCAAUCGCUUCUAUUUCUCAAAUUUCGUCAAAUUCCCAUCGCAUAUCGCUUCAAAUUCAAUCAAUAAUCAUUCUCCUCACAUUUAAAAUAAUUUUUGACCCUGAAAACUCAAAAAUUUCAAUCGAAACAGUGUUUCUCUAGAAAAAACCCACCUUUUUUCAAUAAUCCUCGGAUUUUCCGUUGGAAUCGAUAAUUCCAGCCUUGUACAACAUCUAAAUAUUCAAUUUUCGACUGAAAUUCACAGAUUUUUUCCGGAAUCCUGAAAACCCAGCGAAAUUUACGAUAAAUAGCGAGAAACGCGAAAAAAAAAGAAAAAUGAAAAUAUUCUCGUGUUGCGCUAAACAGCGGGCAAGCGGAGUGUCGUUGUAAAAGUCAAUAAAUUCAAAAAAUUUUCUAUUUUUGUGUUGAAAAUAUGUAUUCAAGUUUUCUUUUUUGAUUUUUUCUCUAAUUUUUUGAUCUUUUUUUUCGAUUCAACAAGUUUCAAGCUUAGAUGAGUUAUGACGUGGCCGAAUAUUUAAAAAAAAAACUCAAAUUUUAUUGGAUCAAGUAAUUUUAAAAAUUGUAAUUUUUUUAGUUUUGGAAUUUUUUCAGAAAAAAAAAUGCAAAGACAGCUUUCAACUUUCUAAAAGUUAUUAUUCAAAUGAUUAAUUUUUAAAAAUAAAACUAUGAAACCCCAAUUCUGAACAAGAAUUCCACGCUUCUGUGUCUAGCCACAAAUUCUAUUGUUUUACUGAAUAAACAGACAAGGUUACACACCGAUCGAAAAUCAAACUGUACUCAAUAAAUCGAGAGUUGUGAUUUGUUGUGCAACCCUGGCAAAAUUUUAUGCUCUAGAAGAAGUGUGCCAGGGUUGCAAAAAUUUCGCAUUUUUAUAAAUACAGUAGCUCAGAGUUCGAAAUUUUUACACACUGUGAGACGCCGAUCAAAAAUCAAACUUUACCCAAAAAAAUAGGGUGUGUCAGUGUUUUCCCCAUAUUUUUCUUCAUUUCAUUUCAAAAAAUAAGUUUGGUUUCCCAUGCAAUACAUAUUUUUCUGUUUUGUUUUGUAUCUAUCUCUUUUCCCUGUACUAAUUGCGCAAUUACACCACAUUUUAUAGGAUUUUUCUUUUGCCCGCAUUUUUCUAGUUGUUUUUUUCUCUCUUCCAAUUUUCCAUUUCCAUUUCCAUUUUCCCGAUUCCUUUUGUUACUUUGUAUGACUCAUGUUAAAGAAAUUGUAUUCUUAUUAUACCAUGUUUCUUAAAAGUUGCCAUUUUCUUGAAACAUUUCGUAACUUUUCUCCUUUUUUGCCGAGCUCCUAGGAAAAACCUGUACAUUUUUUGGCAUGGUUUUUGGAGGGAAAACUUUUGCCUGCCGCCCUUCACAAUGCCUAAAUACAAACACAAAUAUACGAAAUUCUUGCAUGUUGCGCUAAGUGAAAUAUCGUAUGAAAUUGAGAGAGUUCAAAGAAAUAGGUAUUCAUGAAAAGUCACUUUUUGUGGAGGAAAAAAGAAUGAUUAACACUUUUGCCCUAACUUGUUUGCCAGGUUUUUGGCUAAACUUUUGAAAUGAAUUUUUUUUCCAAAUAUUUUGAUUUUGGAAAAAAAUCCGAGUUUCUAUUUCUAUUUUUGGUUAAAUUUUGAUAAGUUUUUUUUCGUAAUGUAUUUUUUCUCUUGAGAAAUAUUUGCUUCGGUUAAAAAAGUUGUCUGAAAAAAUCUGAAAUUUCUUCUAAAAUAUCAUCUCCUACUCAAGUAGUUUACCAGCCCGAAAACUUUAGACCUCAAAUUUUUUUUGAAACUAUUUUUCUGGUAGAUCAAAUAUUGUUUGCGGGAAUUUUUGGACAAUAAAAACACACGUUGUGAUUUUCCAAGCCCCUUGAAAAUGCCAAUAAUUUUUGAAAAAAAAUCCAAUUUUUUCCAAUAAAUAAAAUGUAUUGUUCGAUUUUUUCUAUGUAAAAAUAAAAAAAAAUGUUCCAGUCUUUUUGAUGUAAACAAAUAUUUAAUUAAUUUUGUCGAGUUCAUCCAACCGCCUCUUCAAAAAAUCAACCUGUUCAAAAAGUUCUUGAUAUUAGUUUAUAUAUUUUGUUUAGAAAUUAUCACUAAUCACAAUCAAUUAUAAUUCAAAUCGUUUUUUGAUUGUCUUUCUUCCUCUCUCACUCACUCACUCUUCUUCCCGUCUCACUUUUUUCUUAUGGGUUUUGAUUUGAUUGAAAACCAGAAUUUAUCACUUUUACACUAAUUUAUAUAAUAUUUUGUCGUUUUUUACAGCCGUUGCCACCACAAGUGUCGAAGUUUUCAUUCGCCCGCUUGAAGUUACUGUACCCGCUGAUUUUAUCUAUACAACAACUUCAACAACACCCGCCGCGCCUGCUUCUGAGAAUCCAGGUACGGUGUUUUUUUUGAGCGGGAAAGUUUGAUGCUCGAAUUUUGAAAAUUAUUUUUGUAGAAUUUUUUGAGAACAAACUUUUUAAAGGAUUUUUUCUGAUGAAAAAUAUUUGAUACUGUCUUUUUUUGUUUGUGAGGUAAUUAAAAAUGAAAAUUUUUGAAUUUUGAAAAAUUAAUUUUUGCGUGAAAUUUUUCACACGUGUGAAAUGUUCUUUCUUUCAUUUUUUUUGAAAAUUUCAGUUAUUUAUGAUUUUGAAUCUUUUGCAAAAACGUUUUUUCGUUGAAAAAUUGUGAGUUGAAAUAAUUUUUGGGUGUGAAUUUUGAAUUUUAAAAAAUUUUUGGGAAAUUAAUAUUUUUUGAACAAUUCGAAAUUUCUCUUAUUUUCCCAAGUUUUCCAAAUCCCCCUCACAAAUACCCAUUUUUCUAGAUCAACCGCGUACAUUUUGGUCAACAAUGACAUCUCGAAUUGAAACAGAAACAUCAAUCAAAAGAUGGUCAAUUCCGCCAGUGACAACUGUUGAAGGAAAUCCACCAGGACCGGUUAGUAGCAUUUUUUGACUUUUUUGGGGGAAAAUAAUACCUAUUCAACUUAUUUUCAAGUGAUUUAAAAACAUUGCCUAGAGUAGGUUGCUCUAUUCUGACUAAAUUUUAGACGAGCGUGAUUCUGAAAGCCCACUCGGAAAAAAUUCCCUGUCUGUCAAAUAGAAAAAUAGUUUUUAUGGGUUGGGUUGGUUUUGGUUGCAUAAUAUAUUUUUAUUUUAUUUCAUUUCAAAAAAAUGGCCACACCUUUUGAUAUCAACCACACCCUUUUACCCUUUUUUCGAGAUUUUUUAACUUUGAAUAACUUUUUUUUGGUCAACCUGUUUUUUCCUGAAUAGAGUAGAGUAACUACAAUUUUCAGUCAGAAAAUUUGAAUUUCAGAAAAUUCAUUUCAGUGUUUUGAAAAAUUCGUGAGUUAGCCUAACUCAAUUUGCAAAAAUUUUUUCUCAACCAGUUUUUUUUCCUGAAUUUACUCCUCUACACCAAUUUUCCUUUUUUUCCGUCCAAGUAAAAGUGAAAAAAAUAGUAUACUAGUGAAAACUGGUAUCUUUUUUGUGUUUGUAUUUUUUUUCAAAAAAAAAAACAUUUUCAUUUUUUGUUGAAAAUGCAAAAAAUUUACCGAAAAUUUUCGCAUAAAAAACCAGAACCAGAAUUUCGCCAAAUUUUUUGUCUGAUUUUUUUACGAGAUUAAUUUUUUCGUUAUUCAAUUCUCAUCUCUUCUCUAUGACCUAAUUCGUUUUUUUCUUCGUGAUUUUUGAAUUUUUGAAAUUCUAGUGAGAACAUAAAAUGGUGGAAAUUGGUGCGAAACCGGCAAAAAGGAUAUCAUCACAACUGCUCGAAAAAUUGCGAAUUUUUGUAAUACAAAAACCCAGCCUAAUCUUAAAUAAUUAAUUAAUCCUAAUUAAUUUCAGGAAGAUCAUCCAUCUACAAAACAAGGAAGUGAGCAUGAAGGGCGAGUGAUUGGAAUUACUCCAAAUUAUAAAAUUGGAGAAGGAGUUCCAGUAAGUCUUGGGAAGGGAGACCGGGUCCAUUUUUGAAAAAAAUUGAAAUUAAAAAUGUUAUUUUCCAGAAACAAGAACUGAAUUUGGGAAAAUCUGGAUUUUUGCCAAAUGGAACUGGAGACUACAAAGUCAGCACACUUCAAGAAACCUAUAAACAAACAUUUAUUGAUCCAAAGGUAAGUAUGAGCAAUCUUUAUUCAGUAAGGGGGAAAAAGUACAUUUGAAAAUAAGUGAAGAAAAGCAAUUAUGUAUGUAUGUUCAUGUUUAUGUUUGA